GCAUUUUUGAUAAUAAUUAUUGUGAUUGUGAGAUUGUGAAGUUGUUAAAAAUGUUAAAAACUUGGUAGAAUGAAAUAUUGAAACAAAACGUAGUAAUGCAAAAGGAAUCAUACAAGUCAAACAACAAACAUGGUAGAAGCUUCAAGCUCAAGUAGCUCUUUGGAAGAAAGCGAAAAUGAAAUAAGUAAAAUGAACAAGCAUAAAUCAGAAAUGAUAAACUCAAUUCUGUUACAAAAUGCCAACCAGAAGUAUAAUCAGAUAUUGAAUACGAUGGGAUUACCCAACAGGAAUCCAAUCAUUGUCAAGAAAGUUCAAAAUCAGUCUCAUAUGUCAAGAAAUAAGGAUAACACUAGAAUGAAGCUCCAGAGAAAAAGACAGGAAAAAGUUUCAAGUAGUGAAGAAUCAUCAGAGGAGGACGCCACUGUAAAUGUUAAAAAAGAAAUAAAUCAAUUUUCUGAUGAGAAUGAAUCAAUAAAAGGAUUAUCUGGAAGUAAAAUUGAGGAAGAAAGUGCAACAAAUUCUGAUUCUGAUAGUAGUAGUGCUAAUGAUUCAAUUGAGGAAGAAAUCAGUGGUACUGUGGGCAAAGUAGUAGCCUCUGACAUCCAGCACAAAAAAAAUAGUAAGGAGAAGAAACUGAAGAAAGUACAGCCAAGACAAUCUAUUUCUCAGGAUGAUGUCUCUGAGGAUGAUGAUGAACUCAUUGAAUCAAUUGAGGGAAAGAUUCUAGACCAAAAUCGUUCCAGCAUUGGUUUUGAUACAUCUGCAAAUGGAAGACUAAAUAUUAUACAAGAUGUUCAAGUUAGUCCAGCAAAGGCUAGGAGUCCCAAAGAGCAAUUCAAGAAGCUGUAUCCAAAUAUUGAACAGUUGCUAGUGGAAUUGCCAACAAAAUUUUUGGAUAAAUAUGAUUAUCAUCUAUUUAGAAUACCAAAAAAUAUAGAUCCCCAGCCAAUGCUGAAUAUGGAAAUAAACAUUCAUGAAGAGAACAAAAUAGUUUGUGGAGACAAAAAAUUCAUCAUAAAACCUACUGCAAAAAUUCCCAGUCCUGGACUUAUAGUCCCUGAAAAUAAAAUAUUGAAAUUCAAGAGCAACAUAGUAAUGGAAAAGUAUGUAAAAUCAAAGAAGCAUCCCAAGCUGAAAAGUGUUGAAAAACAACCUGUUUCCUUACCAAAUGAUUUGAAAAACCGUCACCCAUUAUUUGGUUCGAAUUUUGAAGAUAAAAUUGAGCUAGAUGAAGACAUUAAGAGAAAGUUGGAUGAUGCUAUUUCCAGCUCAUUGAGAAGAGAAAAGAAAUCCAAGAAAAAAAAGAAUAAAGUGAAAGAUCAGAUCCACAAUGAAGAAGUAAUUUUCAACUUGUUAAACAGUGUAGGUACUUCUUCCAAAGGGAAGAAGAAUAUCAAGAGUGAACCAUCAGAUGAUGGUGCCAUUGUAAGCCAAGAUAGCAUAUCACCUAUAAAGAAGAGCAGAAAGACUAAACAAAGCAUUAUAGAUGAAACUUUGAUGAUUAUGAAAUCUGAGUUGUUAACUGAAUAUGAAACUGACACUGGGAAUAUAUCUCCCAAGAAGAAAAAACAUAAGAAGAAUAAAAACAUGGAUAGUUCCAUUUUAGAAACGCCCAAUAUUAAGCAAGACAUUUCUGAAGAUAUCUGGUCUACAGGGCUAUCCAAGAAAGAAAAAAGACGAAUGUCAGUUGCCAAUAGUACUUUGAUGAUGGAUAUUUCAAGGCAACCUAAAUUUGAUCCCCAUAUAGGUGACAUUUCAACAAUUGAUAUGAAGGAAAGUACUAAAAAACACAAACGAAAAUUGAAUGGAGAAGAGGGAGAGUACAGAAGAAAUAAACACAAAAAAGAAUAGUUUUUGAUGCAGGAUUCAAUGUUAUACUUAUAUGAUUUUUAUUUUUUUGACAAUUAGAAUAAUUAUAAUUGUAACAGCAAAGCAAAACUUUAACUCUAUUCUGUAGUUCCAAUUAUUAUUAUUCUAUUGUUCUCUUGAUUGUCCUAUUUUUUUAAAUAUUUUGGAUGUGUUAUGUUUCUCGGAAUAUAUGUUAUUUGAUACAAAAUUACCUCUGAAAUGACCAUUUAUAGGAUAUAAUGUGAGAUAUUCAAGAUUAAAUUUUUAACAUUUUG